AGUGGUACCUGAGAAUGCGUACGAACUCGGACAUGUGAUACGUUCAACUUGUAAAGACUCCUCUUCAAUAAUACUAUCAAUUUCUACGAUUAUUUCGUUCGACUGAAACAUUAAUUUUAAAUGUAUUAUUACUCUACAUUCGUGCCAUACUACCUAUUCAUCGAGUCAACGAGAACUUAAAGAGGAAGUUCGUACGAUGACAUUUCUAUCUCAGGGUGAGUUCGACGAACCCCUCAUCGAAGAUCGCAAGAAUAAUUUCCAGCUCUUUCUGCAAACCAGCUCAAGGCUGUCGAAUCGACGUAAAGGAGUAUCCGUAGUUUGGAAAGAUUUAACCGUCGUAGCUGAAAUCAGAAAACAAAAACUAUUUAGAGAUGCUAAAAAAACCUACAAAUCUAUCGUUCAUAAUGUUUCAGGGGCAAUAUUUCCAGGAAGUUUGGUGGCUAUCAUGGGAGCUAGUGGAGCUGGAAAAACAACCCUCAUGUCAGUGCUUUCCAAUCGAUGUCCUAGCGGUUUCCGAAUCGAUGGAGAAGUUCGAAUAGAUGGUCAAUCGAUAGAAAAAUUCGAUAAACGUGUGUCCGGCUAUGUUUAUCAAGAUGACUUAUUUAUGAAUUGCUUAACCGUUUGGGAACAUUUAAAUUUCGUCGCGAAAUUACGUUUAGAUAGGAAUAUAGACGAAUCAGAUCGUAAGCAAUUGAUACUGAAAACUUUGAAAGAAAUAGGUCUACUUAAAAUAGCCAAUAGACGAAUAGGCAACUCGAAAUUAAACAAAGAGAAAACGUGUUUAUCGGGAGGUGAAAGGAAAAGGUUAUCGGUUGCUACCGAGUUACUAACAGAGCCCAUGUUGCUUUUCUGCGACGAACCAACUACCGGGUUGGAUUCGUUCACAGCGCAGAAAACGAUAACGAUGUUGCAAAGCUUGGCGGUUAAUCAUAAUAAAACAAUUAUAUGCUCGAUUCAUCAACCUAAUCAGCAAAUUUUCGAAUUAUUUAAACAAAUCGUGCUGCUAUCUCAGGGUAGAAUUGUAUUCAAUGGAUCUCCAGACGACGCGAAGGUGUUUUUUCAAAGCCAAGGUUAUCAGUAUACAGAGGAGCAGAAUCUCGCAGAAUAUUUUAUUAAAUCUAUCGCAAAUAGGCAACUCGAAGAGAAAAAAAAACUGUCUGCGGUGCCCCUACACGUGGCUUUCUCCGAGAGCGAAUACUCGGCUAAGAUUAAAAAAUACGUCGAUAAUGUGAUGAAACAAAAUAAUUCCGAGGUACUCGUCAACAGCGAUAGGAAUAAAAUCCAAAUGCCAUCUUGGAGUGAUAAAUUUAUAACUGUAUCGCACCGAAAUUUUCUAGAAAUGCAUAGAAAUUCUUCAGAACGUAAUAUGCGUAUAUUUCAAAAAGUAUUGAUUGGUAUUUUAAUAGGAUUAUGCUUACACGGAGCGAUACAAAAAACGCAACCAGGAUUAAGAGCUUUUCAAGCAGCUGUGUAUAUUAUGUUUAAUCAAAACUUCUACCCAUCUUUUUACGUCGGAUUGACGCGGAUUCCAGAGCAUUUACCUUUAUUUUAUAGAGAAUAUUCGAAUAAUUCUCUAACUCCUUUGAUGUUUUUCCUAUCCAGCAUUAUUACCGCUCUACCUUUUAAUAUCGUGGAGCCUUUAUCCUAUUCGCUUGUGAUUUACUACUUGUCUGGUCUUAACUUCGGCGCUUAUGCUGUGAUAAUGUCUUCAAUUGUGAAUAUCCUAUUGUAUAAUGCAACUGCAGCUUUGGGUGUACUAUUUUCGGUGUUAUUUAAAAGUCAUUUAGUAGCCCAGUCUUAUGGUAAUCCUGUAUUAAACGUUAUUAUGUUCAGUUGUGGUCUGUUCAUCAGAUUAUCAUCACUUCCACCUCUAAUCGCAUGGAUCAAGCAUAUAUCCUGGUUUACCUACGCUUGCUCUGCUAUAUACCAAAUUCAAUUGAAAAAUGUGUACAAUAUUGAAUGCGAAUCGAACGUAAACGUUCCUUGUCUACGAACAGGACGCGAAGUACUCAAACUAUUCGACUUCGAUCGGCAUAGUUUAUCUCAUAAUAUAUCCAUGAUGAUUGUAAUAUACCUAUUUUUCAACCUAGUUGCCUAUAUUGGUUUAUUAUUUAAAAUUAAAAGACGAACUGUAUAAUAAUUUCAAGUCCAGAUAUUCGUACAACCACAUCCUGUUAAUAUUUAUCUUCUUCAUUAAGCUGUCCUUUUUUUUUUUAUAGCUCUUUGUUAUACGCAUGAAUGAAUCGUUGUUAAUAAAUUUAUUAUUUAAA